AUGGCUAAUUUUCAUUCAAAUACAUUUCCUGAUGUUAACGGGUCUACUAGUUCAUCAGAAUCACUAAAUGAUGAUGAUGAUGAUACCACUCCCAUCUCAUUGCCUGAAUCAUUAGAUCAUAAUAAUAAUGAUCAAAAAUCUCUUAAACCUAAUGAUUCUUCUGUUAAUUCUUCUUCCAUUAUUUAUACAACAAAUACUGUUUUAAAGUUAAAUGAUGACAAUUCUGUGAUAACUAAUGACAAUAAUCUUAUUGUCACAGGACCUACUGCCAAGCCACGUAAUAAAUCUCAAAAUAUAACAGAAAUAUUUGGUAAUAAAUCUGCUCAAGCUUCACCUAAUUUUUCCAAUGAACAACCAGCAUCAAAAUCUCCUGUAGGAGGAAUAAGUAGACCUAAACUUCCUACGGACACAGUAAUUAGAAUGGCUUCUGUAGAAGAUACUUCAGAUACUACUCAUUCUAAUCGUGCAUCUCCGGUUAAAAAAUUCCCUGAUACUUUAGAUGUACAAGGAAAUCCUGAUGAAGAUGCUUAUAGUAGUGGAGGUGAAGAGAUUUACGUUAUUUCUAGACGAGUCGGGUUCACAGAUGAUGUGGAAGAUAAUGAAGAGAAGUCAAAUCAAAAACUUAUUCGUCGUGAUACUCCACAUUAUACAAAACGCGCUCGAAUUCAGUCGAAAACAGCUGAUGGAAUGGAUAGUGAAGAGGCAGUAUUGAAAAUUUUAGAAAAGUAUCGAGCAUCCGUCUCACCGAAUCCUGAUUCCAACUCAACUGAUUUUGACGGGACAGAAAAACGAUUUGCCUCUCCAUUCAAUAGAUUAAGUCCUCCUGAUAUUCCGCUACAAAGUCGUGAAUCGCAUUCUCCGUUAUCGUUACAUCAACAACCUUGUCAACAAGAACAAGUGGAAGUGCAUAUCCAUCGACAACCAAAUGCUGGUUUAGGUCUUAGUGUAGCUGGUGGAGUUGGUUCGAUACCAUUUCGUGGUUUAGAUCAUGGUAUAUUUGUUAGUCGGUUAAAUCCUACUGGAUUAGCUGCUACUUCAGGACUUAAACUUGGUGAUAAACUAUUAGAGGUUAAUGGUAUUAAUCUUGUCAAUGUUGAACAUCAUGUAGCUGUGGCUGCUUUACGCGCUAAUACAAAUCAUUUCCGUAUUCUUGUCGGUCGUGAUAUUCAAUUGUCUGCAAAAACAGAUAACUGUAAAAUUAUCCCUCCUAAUUUACCAGGAACAAAUGCGAAUCUGUCGAAUCAAUCACCGGUUACAGGAAUGAUAAACACCAAAGAAAUACCUGAAUUUAUUCAUUGUACAUUACACCGGGAUGUAAAUGGUUUAGGAUUUAGUAUUGCCGGUGGUCGAGGUUCACUGCCUGCGUCAUCAGUAGUUAAUGAAGCCAUAUAUAUUAGUAAAAUAACUGAAGGUGGAGCAGCUCACAAACAAGGUCAGCUUCGAGUUGGUGAUCAAAUAAUUAGCAUAAAUGGUGUCGAUAUCAGAAAUGCUCGUCAUGAUGAAGCUAUUUCCUUGUUAACAAGCUCUAAUGAUUCCGUAAACUUGCAAUUACUUCGUUAUAAUCCUGACGAAAACAAUCAUCUCAGUAAUCUUCCAAAAACAUCAGCGGCUAAUGGUUUUGUCACAUCAUCAUCAUCGGUUGUGACAGUUCAAAGGUUAAAUAAUUUUCAAGAUACUACAAAAGCUGCCGAUUCGACUAAUACAGACAGCCUUAUUUCGGAAAAAUAUGAUUCCCCAGUCUAUCUAUAUAGUGAAAAAUGUAUUCCUGUCGAGAGAAUUACAAUUCGCAAUCAUGGUGGACCUUUAGGUUUAGCUAUCUGUGGAGGAUCUGAUAUCAGUUGUCUUCCAUUUGGUAAUACAGAACCAGGUAUUUUUAUAUCUAAGAUCUCUCCAGAUGGCGCAGCUCUUCAUACUGGCUUACGUAUCGGAGAUAGAGUGCUUAAAGUUAAUGGAGUCGAUUUGCGACACGCUACACAUGAUGAAGCAGUACAAGCUUUAAUCCAACCUGUUAAAGAAUUACAACUAGAUGUACGUAGAGACCCUCCUCCACCAGGAUUAAGACGUAUCACUGUUACCAAACGACCUGGAGAACGAUAUGGAUUACGUGUUUCAGGCGGACUUAACACCGGUGAAAGUAGUGUGAAAACUAAUCUAAGAUCACACUUUUCAUCAUUAGCAAAUGAUGACGGAAUAUUUGUGACAUGGAUCUCACCAGAUGGUGUCAUUGCUCGAGAUGGCAGGUUGAAACCAGGCGAUAGAUUAUUGGAGGUUAAUGGACACUGGCUGAUGGGACUCAAUCUUGAUGAAGUUUUACAUAUAUUUUGGGAAGCCAAAUCAACUCUUUCAUGUGUUGUAUGCGAUGGUCCAGUCGAAUUCACUUUGCAAAUUAAUAAAACACAUCUCUCAAAGAACGUCGAACUACCUACAUAUUCUCCUUCUAUGCCAUUUUCUAUAAUACGCUCUACAAUGCCAGAAAUCGCUGGUGCAUCUGUCGACGAUGACCCCAUUUGUAACUCACAAUCAGAGAAAGUAAACAGCAUUCAAAGAUUGAAUUCAGAGGCUGCUGUACGUCACUAGCGUCGACUGGAUUGAACAUUGAACACUACACAACCGCUUGUGGUACUACUUGGACUACAGUCGGG